AUGUCACUAGAAACCAUUAACGGUGAAGAAAAUCACCAUCCACAUGGACAUGUUCAUGAAGAAGAUGCCAUGGUUUUUGCUUUGAAUUUGAUUAAUUUGGCCGUGCUUCCUCUAACCGUGCGAUCUGCAGUUGAGCUUGGUAUCUUUGACAUCCUAGCCAAAGCUGGGAAAGAUGCCAAACUCUCUGCAGAUGACAUAGCUGUUAAGAUUGGAUCGAAGAACAAAGAAGCACCUGCAAUGUUGGAUCGUCUUAUGAAGUUAUUGGCUAGUCACUCCAUGCUAUAUUGCUCGCUAUCCAAAGAGAGACAAGGACUUAGGUCUCCUCAGAGGCUCUAUAGCCUUGCUCCUGCUUCUAAGUAUUUGGUGACAGAUCUUGAUGGUGUGUCGUUGGGACAAGUAUUAAACUUAACUUUGGACAAAGUUUACUUGGGAAGCUGGAAUGGAAUGAAAGGAGCAAUUUUGGAGGGAGGUAUACCAUUCAAUAGGGUUUAUGGCAUGCAAUCAUUUGAAUAUCCAAAUGUGGAUCCAAGGUUUAAUGAUAUUUUCAACAAUUCUAUGGUGAAUUGUACAACUAUAAUCAUGAAGAGGAUUCUUGAGAUCUAUGAUGGUUUUGAGCACAUCAAUAUGCUUGUAGAUGUUGGUGGUGGUCUUGGGAUCAAUCUCAAGCUAAUUACUUCCAAAUAUCUUCAUAUUCAAGGUGUUAAUUUUGAUUUGCCACAUGUUAUAGAACACGCACCUACCUAUGAAGGUGUGACACAUGUGGGAGGAGAUAUGUUUGAGAGUGUACCUAAUGGAGAUGCAAUUUUUUUGAAGUGGAUACUUCAUGAUUGGAGUGAUGAACACUGCUUGAAGUUAUUGAAGAAUUGUCAUAAAGCUAUUCCUGAUAAUGGAAAAGUGAUUGUUGUGGAGUUAAUCUCACCUGUUCUUCCUGAGAGUACAACAAUAGCCAAGAUGGGUUUUCAUGCUGACGUCUUAAUGAUGACUCAAUUUUCAGGCGGGAAAGAGAGAACCAGAGAUGAGUUUAAUGAAUUAGCAUUAGGAUCUGGAUUCCGUGGCAUCAAAUUUGCUUGCUAUUUCUCUAGCUUUUGGGUUAUGGAAUUCUUGAAGUAG